AUUGAUAUUCUGACUUCUCUCCUCCUGAACUUGAAGACGACGCCCACCUCCUUUCAAGUUUUAACCGUAUCAACAGGGCGCUACGUAGGUAGGUAUUCCAUUGGCGAAGUGCGUCACAACCCUGUUGCACUGAGCACCCUAAAUUACAGUUUUCUUCUUCUCUCGCCACCAUGCAGUCUGUGGCGACAUGCAGCGCCCUGAGCGCACCGGUGACCUCGUUCGCCGCAUGCAUUGAAAGCAGAAUGUGUUUCUCCGGCAAUCCCACAGUCUUUGCAUGCCCAAGCUUGAGUGCGGGCAGAAGACAGAGAAGCCGGGUUGUGGUGCCAAUGGCGAAGAAGGAGGAGGCGCCGCGGUUGUACCAGGGAUACAACCCGAAAAAGUCCGUGUUCCCGGCGGAGGCUUGCGACGAGCAGGGCGGCGAGGCAUGCGAGGCAGAGUUCGGAGAGGAGAGUACAAGGGAGACAAGACUGUCUUCCAAGAUGAGGCGUGCGACGACUUGGGCGGCGAGUUUUGCGAAGCAGAGAAGUAAAUGCGGAAAGUUCUGCCAACUAGAGUACAAAAAUGCGACAUAA